AUGCCGGAAGAUCUCUGGGGAGACUUGGAGAGUUUGAACCAAAGUUUGAAGACUUUGGAUUCAGAUCUCAGUCAUCUCAGUGGCACGCACUCCCUGGUCUUGGAAUUUCUGGGCCGAGCGGAUUUCCAGGUCAAGGUCCGAGGUCAUCGCAUCGAGCUUCAGGAAAUCGAAGAGGCGGCCAGGCAAAUUCAUGAAAGGCAGCCCCAUUGCCAUUCUGUUCGAAAUGUGGUGGUCAUGGUGAUCAAUCAGAAGCUGGUAGCCUUUGUAACCCCCGAGACGGUGGAUGUGCUGCAACUUGCUGAAGCUUUGCGAAACGUCUUGCCCAAGUACAUGGUGCCUGAUCUCAUCUUUGCGCGGGAUCAGUUGCCCUUAACGGCCAGUGGAAAGGUGGACCGGAAAGCACUGGAGGGAUCUGUAAAUUUGAAAAGGCCGGGGCGAGAAAUCCGUGAACCUCAGAGUGAGAUGGAGAAGAUUGUUCAUGAUGUAUAUCAGACAGUCUUGGGCUUAGAGAAGCUGAGCGUUGAUGAUGAUUUCUUUGAGCUGGGUGGCCAAUCCCUGGCGGCCAUGCGUCUGCAAAGCCUCCUGCACACCGGCAAUUUGCUGAUCACCUUGCCUGAAAUCUUUGAGCUCCGAACAGCUGCCAGGAUUGCUGAACGUUUGGAUCACGGAGCUGCUGCUGUACCUGCGUCCUUGGAACAAGAUCGCUCCGACGACAGUGGCUCCAACGAUUUGCUGCCAGGCUCCGAAGCUCUUGCGUCCUUUGAGCAGCAGCGCUUCUGGGUGAUGGAACAAUUGGGUGCAAGCACUACGUAUUCCAUUCCCUUCGCCUACCGUUUGUCGGGUCAGCUACACGUGGAGCGCCUGAGCGCUGCGUUUUUGGCGCUGCUUCAGCGCCACGAGGCGCUGCGCACGGUGCUGAGAGAGGAAGGUGGGGAACUGCGUCAGCGCAUUCUCGCUGUGGAGGAAGUGCCGUCGAUUGCGAUUCACGACUUCCGGCACUUGGAGGGUAAGGAACGGGAAGCCCAGAGGAAGGCUAGGGAGGAGCUGCUGUCCAAAGACAUGGCUCAACCUUUUGAUCUCUCCAAGAGUCCCCUUCGUGUUCAUCUCAUCCAAGAGAGCACCAGCGAUGGGGAGCAAACGCUGCUCUAUGUCAAUGUGCACCACGUGGCUUUUGAUGGGGGUUCCCUGAGAUGCUUUGAGCGGGAUUUGUGGGCCUUGUACAGUGCGCAACAACUUCCAGCACUGAAGCUCCGCUACCGUGACUUUUCACAAUGGCAGCGCAGCCGCGCUCUGGAAAACUCCAGCCGAAUGGCGCAUUGGCAGGGAAGUUGCUUUCAUUUGAAGCUGCCCACGGAUCAUCCGCGGAAUCCUCCUUGCGGUCCUCCCUCCCAGCUGGUUUCCUUCGCCCCUUGUGGUGCUAACAUCCAGCGCAUCGCGGUGGAACAUCGAUGCACGGAGUUUGCAGUGCUACUGGCAGUCUAUGGUGUGUUGUUGGGCCGACAAUGUCAUCAAAAGGAACUGGUGAUUGGCAUUCCCGUGUCCCAGAGGCGGGAAACCUCAAAAUGCGAUGAGCUUGGGGCUUUGGGUUUGCUGUUUCGGUCGUGGAGUCCAAUUGUGGGAUGCCAACCUUUUUAUAUGCCGAUGUACUUUUUCUAUGUGAACUCCCCCGAAAUGUCAGGGAAAGGCCUAGAGGAUGGAGGCUCCACCUUCAACAAACACUUCGUGCUGUUCAAAUUUGUGAGGCAAAGCUCUGGUUGCGACGAAGUCAUCGGUUGCUUUGCGAACACUGUGCCGGUUCGGGUCACUUUGAUGGACUCUGCGGGAGAUCGCUCCUUCCAGUCAAUCUUAGGCUCGGCUGGGAGAGGAAAAUGGGAAGUAAAAAAGCAAACAGGGCCCAGCUGCUGCGGCUGA